AUGUCUCUUACGUCCUCUUCAUCUGUAUCUGUGGAGAAACAAACGGUCCCAAUGGCUAAAGUUACCCACGACGAACACCUCCAUGCCCCUCAAGAGCAGAGACUACGAACCUCUGUCCACGAUGUUCCGGCCUUCGCCGAGCAUGGUCCUUUGGUAGACCACAAGAUUCCUCAGAGCGAUGUGGUUCAGCAAGAGCCGGACUUGGCCUGGAGUCGAAUCCGCCAUUUCCUCAGAGAACCCCUUUCGGAAUUCUUUGGUGUCUUUAUCUUGAUCCUGUUCGGCGACGGUGUUGUUGCCCAAGUGGUUCUCAGCGGCGGUACCAAGGGUGAUUAUCAGUCAAUUUCAUGGGGCUGGGGCCUUGGUGUCAUGCUCGGUGUAUACGCAAGUGGCAUCUCAGGUGCACAUCUCAACCCAGCUGUGACUUUCGCCAACUGCGUCUUCCGCCGAUUCCCUUGGAGAAAAUUCCCGGCCUAUAUGCUUGCCCAGGUUCUGGGUGCUAUGACCGCCGCCGCCGUGGUUUACGCCAACUACAAGUCCGCCAUCGAUGUUUUCGAGGGAGGAGCAAACAUCCGCACCGUAGGUGGCGAAACCUCUUCGGCGGGCAUCUUUUGCACGUACCCGGCGGAAUUUAUGACCAAGACUGGUCAAUUCUUCUCAGAGUUCAUUGCCAGUGCUAUUUUGAUGUUCUUGAUUUACGCUUUGAAAGACGAUGGAAACAUUGGAGCGGGCAAUUUGACCCCACUUGCUCUCUUCUUCGUCAUAUUCGGAAUUGGUGCAUGCUUUGGCUGGGAAACCGGCUAUGCUAUUAACCUUGCUCGAGAUUUUGGCCCUCGUCUCGUCUCUUACAUGAUCGGAUACGGCCAUGAGGUUUGGUCUGCAGGUGGCUACUAUUUUUGGGUUCCUAUGGUUGCUCCUUUCUGUGGCUGCACAUUUGGAGGCUGGCUCUAUGACAUGUUCCUCUUUACCGGCGAGAGCCCUAUCAACACGCCUUACAUGGGGUUGCAACGUUUCUUGCAGCCUAAACGGUCGGUCUGGUCAAACACCUACACGGCAGAUAAUCAGGUGUAA